AUGAGUCCUUCUACGGAUCCCUAUAUCAGCAAGACCUCUCGCCGAGCUCAUAGGAAAUCCCGCCUCGGGUGCAUCAACUGCAAAAAGCGACGGGUCAAGUGCGAUGAGGAAAAACCAACAUGCACUAAUUGCCUGCGUCAUUCCGUGGAAUGCGAUUACGGCGAUGUGCCCCAGCAAGACGGCUCCAACUUGCCAUUGAGAAAGCGGUCACCUCUUGCUAGCUCCUCAAAAGCUGGUUGCACCUUCAUUUCUGCUUCUCAGAAUGACUUCAAGACUCCAAAGCGUGGACGUCCCCGAGAAAGGCCGGUGCCAGACUCAGCACCAGCGCUCCCCGAUCCGCCCUGUGCUACUGUAGCCAAUCGGCCUUUCGAAUUCACGGCCACGGACAUGGCGUUAUUCCAUCACUUCCUGAAAUCAAGUGGUCUGGCUGAGCACAUGGUCAAUCAGCUGUCUCGACUAGGCUUUGUCUACCACUACGUGCUGCGACUGCUUUUGGCAUUCUCGGCCUUCCAGAUCGUCAGAAGGUCCGAGGAUACGUCGCUGUUUCAUCUCAUGGGAGCCGGUACUGAUUUCUAUACCGACGGUGAGCGCCAUUUCGACGUCGCCGUGGCUGAGGUUGCGGCCAUGGUUCCUCUUCUCAACAGGGAGAACGCACCUGCGCUUUACGCCGCCUCGCUCCUUAUCUUUCUCUGCUCCGUGACGAAGGGCCCUAGGCCAGGUGAGUAUCUUGCAUUUCGAGAUGACGGCGAAUCGGGCUGUCUCUCUUUAUUCAUGGGCAUGAGGUCUAUGAUAGAGGCAUGUAACUCGAUCGCGGACCCUGCGAUGUUAGCCGCGAUCCACGCAGGUGAUGGCAACAAUGAAGCCGAGUCUCGAGAGGCCGAGGGAUCUAAUUCAUCCCCUGACAGUGCCAGACACGUUCCUCCUCAAUAUCAAUCUGCUUUAUCGCAGGUUCAUGACCUUCUAGCCACCACAUUCCAAAACCACGACACAGACUAUCUAAUUUAUUGUCAGUCGCUGGAACGGCUCUCUCAAUGCUACGAUGUCAUAUUCGACCCUCAUGUAUCUCUCACCGAUUCUGUGCUCUGGCCGCAAAUAUUUGGUUGGCUAUACAUGCUCCCAGAUAGGCUGCUUCUCGACCUCCGGGAUCGACGCCCACUUGCUUUGGUCAUCUUUUCUCAUUACACUGUUCUACUUCAUGUGCUUGAUGAGGUUUGGAUGAUUCAAGGAUGGCCUCGGCAUGUUAUGCAUGGGAUAUCUCAGAAUCUUGAUCCUUAUCACCGGCUUUUUGUCGAGUGGCCGAUGCAACAGAUUGGGAUAUCUGGUUUCUCUUCUUAG